AGAGAGCGAGAGGGAUCAAGACAAGGGAGAGCGUAAGGUGGAUAGUCGCGGGUAGGAGUCCACGUAUUAGGUACCAUGCAGACAUUUGGAUCAUUUAAACUACAUGAAAAACCUCCAAAUCAACGACAUUAAUGAAGGAAUAGGCGGUUCGGUGAAGAACACGGUACAAAAUGUGGAAACACUUGACUUCACUGCUCGUGCUGCUCCUGCAGCUCCUAUGCUGUGGCAGCACUGACAACCAAAGGCAGGAGGGGGCCCCACCUAUGCAGUUCACCCACUCCGUUUACAAUGCCACAAUAUUUGAGAACUCUGCUGCUAAGACCUUCUUGGAGAGCCAUGCUAAGAUGGGCAUCUACAUGACAGACCCAACCUGGGAGAUACGGUACAAGAUAAUGGCAGGGGACAACGAGAAUCUAUUCAAAGCAGAGGACUACUUGCUGGGAGAUUUCAGUUUCCUGCGCAUAAGGACCAAAGGAGGCAGCACAGCCAUUUUGAACCGGGAGGUUAAAGACCACUAUAUGCUCACUGUCAAAGCUGUGGAGAGGGGUACCAACUUGGAGGCACGCACCAGGGUCAAGGUCCAGGUACUCGACACCAAUGACUUGAGGCCUCUGUUCUCCCCCACUUCUUACAGCAUCUCUCUGCCUGAGAACACCGCCAUACGGACCAGCGUGGCCAAAGUCACGGCAACGGACGCGGACAUUGGGACGAAUGGAGAGUACUACUAUAGCUUCAGGGAGGGGACAGACAUGUUUGCCGUCCACCCUACAAGUGGUGUGGUGACAUUGACCGGCAAGCUGGACUACUCCGAGACUAAGCUGUAUGAACUAGAGAUCCUUGCUGUGGACCGAGGCAUGAAACUGUACGGGAGCAGUGGCUUCAGUAGCAUGGCUAAGCUGACUGUCAGGGUAGAGCAGGCCAAUGAGCAUGCACCUGUUAUCACUGCGGUUACCUUGGCCCCAUCUGAUGCUGAUCCGGACCCCUCCUAUGCCAUCGUGACAGUUGAGGAUAACGACCAGGGACCAAACGGGGAGAUUGCGUCAUUGAGUGUGGUGGCAGGGGACCCCCUCCAGCAGUUCAAGGCUAUGAGAACCAGUCCUGGGAGCAAGGAGUACAAAAUCAAAGCGGUCAAGGAUGUAGACUGGGACAGCCAGCCAUUCGGAUACAACCUCACUCUGCAGGCCAAGGACAAAGGAAGCCCUCCGCAGUUCUCCUCGGCUAAAGUCAUUCACGUCACGUCCCCACAAUUUAAAGUGGGGCCACCGAAGUUCGAUCAGGCAGUUUACAGGGUCAAUCUCAGUGAAUUUGCCCCAUUACAUACACCUGUUGUAAUGAUAACAGCCUUGCCAAAAUAUCCUAAUUUGAAGUAUGCUUUCAAACAAAAGUCUGAGAAGAAUCGCUUUGCUAUUAAUUCAGACACUGGUCUAAUAACUACAACUGGACCGGUCUAUGCUGAUCAUGUAUCUAGAUAUGAACUAGAAGUUAUCACCAGCGACAAGAGGGCAGCGACCAAAGUCAUCAUUGAUGUGAUUGAUGUCAAUAACAACGCCCCUGAGUUCCAGCAGACAUCCUACAAGGCCAGCGUUGAUGAGAAUGUACCCGUUGGGACUAGUGUGUUGGCGGUUAAGGCCACAGAUCUAGACAGCGGGGAGAAUGGGUACGUGACCUACAGCAUCGCCAACGUCAGUCCGCAGCCAUUCGUCAUCGACUACUUUUCUGGUGUUAUCAGCACCUCAAAGGUUCUGGAUUAUGAACUGAUGCCAAGAAUUUAUCAUCUCAAAGUCAGAGCCUCUGACUGGGGCUCCCCUUUUCGCAGAGAGGUUGAGGCACCAGUUACCAUCAUGUUAAAUAACCUGAAUGACAAUAACCCCCUCUUUGAGAAUAUAGACUGUGAAGUGACUGUGCCCAGAGACCAUGGCGUUGGAGAGCAGAUAACCACGGUGUCUGCCAUUGAUGCUGAUGAAUUACAACUGGUACGGUACAAUAUAAAAUCUGGAAACAACCUUGAUCUUUUUGAAUUAAACCCAAACUCAGGUGUGCUUUCUCUGAAAAAGACGCUUAGUGAGGGGGAGGCUGCUAAAGUAUCUUUUCAUAGCUUACACAUCACUGCCAGCGACGGGGAAAAUGAGACUCAACCAAUGUUCAUGAACAUAACUGUUAUUACAGCUCGCAAACCUGUCCAACUGAAAUGUGUGGACACAGGUGUUGCUACCAUGCUGGCAGAAAAGCUGCUCCAAGGAAACAAAGUCCACAACCAACCGGAACCUGAUGAUAACUUCAUGGAUAUUCAUUCAAUUAAUCGCUAUUCCCCUCUGUUUGCUGAGUCUUUUCCCAGUGUCAUUGAGGUUAAAGAAGACCUUCCGGUCGGGGCCAGGAUUGUCCAUUUAAGUGCCUCUGACAUAGAUAGCGGGUUCAAUGGGAAACUGGUGUAUGUCAUUUCAGGGGGAGACGUGGAGAGCCGGUUCAUAAUAGAUAUGGAAAAUGGCUGGCUACUGGUUCACUCUACUCUCGACAGGGAGACAACCGACCACUACACAUUAAACAUCACAGUCUAUGAUCUCGGUAUACCUCAGAAAUCCUCAUCACGCCUUUUGGACGUUAAGAUCUUGGAUGCUAAUGACAACAGUCCUCAGUUUUUGCAAGACAUGUAUUCGGUGGAAAUUAGCGAAACUACAUCUGUGGGGACGGAAAUCAUCCAGGUGGAUUCCACUGACAAAGACCAGGGAGAUAACGGCAUGGUAAGAUAUUCCAUUUUGGCAGACACUGACCAGUUUGCCAUUGACGAGAAGACCGGAGUUGUAACGGUUAAAAGACCUUUGGAUCGCGAGGUACAUCCGGUUUAUGUUCUGAAGAUUGCGGCACGUGAUCAAGCUGUCAGUGAACCUCAGCUAGUGUCCACAGUGUUGCUAAAGGUCAUUCUGGAAGACGUUAAUGAUAAUCCUCCUAAAUUUGUCCCUCCAAAUUACAGAGUUAAAGUGAGAGAGGAUCUCCCUAUUGGCACUGUGAUUAUGUGGCUGGAAGCUCAUGACCCUGAUGUCGGACCAUCCAGUCAGGUUCGGUACAGCCUAACUGACAACGGAGGUGGGAACUUUGAGGUGGACAAAAUUAGCGGAGCAGUACGUAUCGUGCAGAAUCUGGAUUAUGAAAAAAGACAGGUGUACAAUCUCACGGCAAAGGCUAAAGACAAAGGGAAGCCCAUGUCCUUGUCAUCCAGCUGUUUCAUUGAGGUGGACGUGGUGGAUGUAAACGAGAAUCUUUACAGGCCAUGGUUCCCCUCGUUUGUGGAUAAGGGAUUUAUAAAAGAGGAUGCUGUUAUCGGGACCUCUGUGAUGAAAGUAACUGCUCAAGAUGAAGACAAAGGCAGAGAUGGAGAGCUCCGCUACUCCAUAAGGGAUGGAUCUGGUCUUGGGAUAUUCACCAUUGAUGAAGAGACUGGAGUCAUACGUACCAAAGAGCUCCUGGACCACGAGACAACGUCCCACUACUGGCUGACGGUGUACGCUACGGACGGCGGCGUGGUGCCCCUGUGGGCUUUUGUGGAGGUGUACGUGGAGGUGCAGGAUGUCAACGACAACGCCCCGCAGACCUCGGAGCCCGUCUACUACCCAGCCGUGAUGGAGAACUCCCUCAAGGACGUGUCCAUCAUCCAGAUCGAGGCGGUGGAUCCGGACGCCAAGGCCAGCGACAAGCUCUCCUACAAGAUCACCAGCGGCAACCCUCAGGGCUUCUUCGCCAUCAAUCCCAAGACAGGUCUGGUGACAACUACUUCUAGAAAACUCGACAGGGAGCAACAGGAUGAGCACAUUCUUGAGAUCACCGUCACAGACCAUGGCGUGCCGGCCAGAUCCACCACGGUCCGCGUCAUCGUCAAGGUGCUGGACGAGAAUGACAACCGCCCUCUGUUCCUGGAGAAGACCUACAAGAUCAGGCUUCCGGAGCGAGAGAAGACGGAGAAGGAGAGGGCCCUGAAAAGAGACCCCCUGUACCGGGUCAUCGCCUCGGACCGCGACGAGGGAGCCAAUGCCGAGAUUUCCUACAGCAUUGAGGAGGGCGACGAACACGGAAAGUUCUUCAUUGAGCCCAAGACGGGCCUGGUAUCGUCCAAGAAGUUCUCCUCGGCCGGGGAGUAUGACAUCCUCACGAUCAAAGCGGUUGACAACGGCCGCCCCCAAAAGUCGUCCACUUGUCGCCUGCACAUUGAAUGGAUCCCAAAGCCUGAUGUUCCAUCUGAUGCACCCCCCUUGGCCUUCGAGGAGCCCCCCUUCUCCUUCUCUGUCAUGGAGAGUGACCCUGUGGCCCAUAUGGUGGGGGUCAUCACCACGGAAACCUCGGACCAGACGCCUGUCUGGUUUGAAAUCACAGGUGGCAACUAUGACAGUAGGUUUGACGUGGGCAAGGCCAGCGGAACGCUGAUCGUGGCCAGGCCCCUGGACGCAGAGCAGAAAUCCAAUUACAACCUGACGGUGGAGGCCACAGACGGAACGCGCUCAGUCAGCACCCAGGUGUUGAUCCGGGUCAUCGACACCAACAACCACAGGCCCCAGUUUUCCCAGCCCAGGUACGAGGUGAGCGUGCCCGAGGACACGCCUCCAGACACCGAGGUCCUGCGGAUCGGUGCCACCGACGAGGACGAGAAGAACAAGCUGACCUUUACCCUCCUGAGCAGCACCGACCCAUUCAGCCUGAAGAAGUUCCGUCUGGACCCGGGCACGGGCGUGCUCUACACGGCCGAGAGGCUGGACCACGAGACCAUGCGCCGGCACAUCCUCACCGUCAUGGUCCGGGACCAGGACAUUCCUGUCAAGAGGAACCUUGUGCGUGUCAUGGUCAACGUUGAGGACACUAAUGACAACGCUCCCUGGUUUGUGGGCUCGCCAUACACUGGUCGCGUCUACGAGUCCGCUGCCUUGGGGUCCGUGGUGCUCCAGGUCACCGCUCUGGACAAAGACAAAGGCCAGAAUGCAGAGAUUAUCUACAGCAUCGAGUCAGGAAAUGUUGCAAACUCAUUCACCAUUGAUCCGGUGCUUGGGACUGUUACCGUGGCGAAGGAGCUAGAUCGAAGCCAGAAGAACCAGUUUGAACUGUCUGUCAAGGCCACUGAUAAAGGAACUCCCCCAUUGUCUGCCACAACUACAGUCCACAUCAUGGUCACCGUGUCCGACAACGCCACCCCCAGGUUCACCGAAAAAGAUUUAUCUGCAGAAGUCAGCGAAUUGGCUCUUCCAGGAAGCUUUGUGAGCCUGGUUACAGCCACCAGCCAAUCGUCUGUCUUCUACCAGAUCAAAGGCGGGAACGUCAACAAUGCCUUCGACAUCAACCCCUAUUCUGGAGUGGUGGUGACCCAGAGGGCUUUGGACUAUGAGACCACCCCAGAGUACAGGCUCACCAUCCAGGGAACCAACAUGGCUGGCCUGGCUAGCAACACCACCCUGAUGAUCCACCUGAAGGAUGAGAAUGACAAUGCCCCUAUCUUCCUCCAACCUGAUUUUACUGGAAUGGUCAGUGAGUUUGCUCCUAUCAACAGUGUAGUCUUGACCAGACAGAACACUCCACUGGUCAUUCGCGCCUCCGAUGCCGACCGUGACCGCAACGCCAUGCUGGUCUACCAGAUUGUGGAGCCUUUCGCCCAUAAUUACUUUGCCAUUGACUCCAGCACUGGAGCUAUCAGGACCACCACAGUCCUGGAUUAUGAGCAAAGAAGUGUUUUCCAAUUCACAGUUCAGGUCCACGACUUGGGCAUACCUCGCUUGUUUUCAGAAUCAGCUGCCAAUGUGACCAUUGAGGUCAUUGAUGUCAAUGACUGCUCGCCACAGUUCAGCCAGGAGCUUUACGAGACAACGGUCGUAUUACCAACAUACAAAGGCGUACAAAUUAUUACGGUUAACGCUACAGACUCAGACUCUGGACCAAACUCCAAACUUUUCUUUUCCAUCUCUGAGGGCAACAUUGGCGAUAAAUUCAAAAUGGAUCCAACCACUGGUGUUAUCUCCAUCCAGAAUGUCACCCAGCUGAGAAGCAGGUACGAAUUGAGGGUGAGGGUUUCGGAUGGCCGGUUUACCAGCAUGGCUUCGGUGAAGAUAAACGUCAAGGAAAACAAGCAGAGCAGUCUGAAGUUCACCAGGGAGUCCUACAAGGCCUACGUUCAGGAAAACUCCUCAGAAAAGAAAACGUUAGCUGUCAUUGCCGCCGUGGGGAGCCAGGUCAACGAGCCUCUCUUUUACACUAUUCUCAACCCUGAUCGGAGGUUUCAAAUAAGCCACACCUCUGGGGUGCUUUCUACCACUGGAAUAGCAUUUGACCGAGAGGUUCAGGACAUGUUUGACAUUGUGGUUGAGGUCACAAGGGAGGAUACAUCUUCCGAGGUCUCCCAUGUUCUAGUUUCCAUGACUGUGGAGGACAUGAAUGACAACCAGCCCAUAUUUGUGAACCUGCCCUACCACGCUCUUGUCCAGAUUGACGCAGAGGAGGGUCAACUUAUCAGGCAGGUCACAGCUGUGGACAGUGACAUCGGACGCAACAGUGAAGUUUUCUACUACCUAAAAGAACAUCACGAGCACUUCCAAAUAAGCCCCUCUGGAGAGAUCUCCCUGAAAAAGAAGUUUGAGAAAGAGUCCUUGAAUACAGAGUUUAUAGUCAGUGUUGGAGCCAAAGAUGGUGGCGAACCAGCUCUAUCGGCGGAAGUAUUGGUCUCUAUUACUGUAGUAAACAAAGCCAUGCCAGUGUUUGAAAAGCCUUUUUAUAGCAUUGAAAUCCCAGAAAACAUCCCGUUGCAUACUCCUGUGGUUCACGUUCAGGCCAACGACUCUGAAGGGCCGCGCAUAGUUUACACCAUCUCUGAGGGAGACCCAUUCAGUCAGUUCUCCAUCAAUUUCAAUACAGGAGUCAUACACGUGAUCCAGCCUCUAGACUUUGAGGCCCACCCGGCCUAUAAAUUAAGUGUAAGAGCGACUGACUCCCUUACUGGAGCUCAUUCCGAGGUGUUUGUAGAUAUAAUUCUAGAAGACAUCAACGAUAACCCACCUAUAUUCCUAUCAAAGUUGUACUAUGCCAACAUAUCCGAAGCCUCGGUUAUUGGCACAUCCUUCUUACAGGUCUCGGCCCAAGAUCCUGAUACAGGCAACAACAAAGUUCUCUUUUACCAGUUGGUUGAGGAAAAAGGUAAGAGCUCUGAGUAUUUCAGCAUUGACCGUGCCACUGGAGUCAUCUGGACAGCUCAAAUGCUGGACCACGACCAGAUCCAACAGCACAAGCUUACAGUCCGAGCCGUGGACGGGGGAGUUCCCGCCCUCUCCAGCGACGUCACUGUGACUGUAGAUAUCACCGACCUGAAUGACAAUUCCCCAAUGUUCACGGAGAACGUUUACGAAGCGACAGUCAGCGAGUUAGCACCCAGGGGCCACUUCGUCACCCUAGUCCAGGCAUCCGAUGCUGAUAGCUCAGACACAGGGAAACUGGAGUUCACCAUCCUGUCCGGUAACGAGGAUCAGAACUUUGCCAUAGACAAAAACACAGGCGCCAUUGUCAUCUCCAACCACCGAAGGCCCCACAUGGAGCCUCUGUACAACCUCAAUGUGUCCGUGUGCGAUGGGGUAUUUAGGAGCUCCGUUCUAGUGAAAGUGACUGUCAUCGGGGCCAACUUCCAUGAGCCCACAUUCCCUCAGCUUGACUAUGUGGUGGAGCUUGUGGAGAAUUCCCCCGUUGGCACCUUGGUUGCUGAAGCCAGAGCCACAGAUGAAGACUCAGGCAUGUACGGACAGAUGACCUAUCACAUUGUCAACGACUUUGCCAAGGACAAAUUCUCUGUCAAUGAAAAUGGAGAGAUCUUUACCCUGGAAAGCCUUGAUCGUGAAAAUGCCAUUGAGAAGGUCAUUCCCAUCUCUCUCAUGGCAAAGGACGGAGGUGGUAAGGUUGGCUUUUGCAUCAUCAACGUCAUUUUGACAGACGUCAACGAUAACGCGCCUCAGUUCAGAGCACUCGAGUACAGAGCCAACGUAGCGUCAGACGUGCAGAGAGGAUCUGCGGUGCUCAAAGUUGCUGCGUCGGACAUGGACGAAGGGAGCAACGCCGACAUCACUUUCACCAUUGAGGCUGAGGUCGACAACGUUGAAGAGAACUUUGAGAUCCACCCGCUCAGUGGAGUCAUAGUCACCAAAGAAAGCCUCAUCGGACUGGAGAACGAGCUCUACGCCUUCUUCGUCAGGGCAAAGGAUGCUGGGAAUCCCUCCAAACAAUCUGUUGUGCGGGUUUACAUCAGGAUCCUGGCCCCUGAGGUCCCAGUCCCUAAGUUUGUGGAAGCGCACUACCGGUUUCCCAUCGCAGAGGAUCUUCCUAUUGGCACAGAGAUUGACGUCAUCCAGGCUGUGAGCGAACAGCCAGUGGUCUACAGCCUGGUGAAAGGCAACACCCCAGAAAGCAACCAGGACCAAGUCUUUGUUGUGGAUCAUGACACAGGCACCCUGAAGUUGGAGAAAAAUCUGGACCACGAGACCAUCAAAUGGUACCAGCUAACAUUGCUGGCUCAGAGCAAGUAUGAAAACUAUGAGGUAGUGGCAACAGCCGACAUCAACAUCCAGGUGAUAGACCUCAACGAUAACAAGCCUGUCUUUGAGUCAGACCCGUACGAGGCCGUGGUGGUGGAGAACCUUCCGAGCGGCACUCAGGUGAUCCAGGUGAGAGCCACGGACCUGGACUCCGGCACUAACGGUCAGGUGGUCUACAGCCUCAACCCGAAACAGAGCUCAGAGGACAUUCCGGAGCUGUUCGCCAUCAACAGCGAAACUGGAUGGUUGACCACAUUGAAGGAGCUGGACCGUGAGAAGAGGAGCCAGUGUACUGUAGCAGUCCUGGCCACUGACCGUGGGGACAAAGAACAGCUGGUGACCGGGACCACUGUGGAGGUGACGGUGGCGGACGUGAAUGACAACCCACCACGGUUCACGGCAGAGAUCUACAAGGGCACGGUCAGCGAGGACGACCCUCCUCCCAGUGGCGUCAUAGCCAUCUUGAGCACCACAGACGCCGACACAGAGGACAUCAACAAACAAGUCACCUACUUCAUCACAGGCGGUGACCCGCUGGGACAAUUUGCCAUCAGGCAUGUCCAGAACGAGUGGAAGGUCUUGGUCAGAAAGCCAUUGGACCGCGAGGAGCGUGACAAUUACCUCCUAAACAUCACUGCUACUGAUGGCAUCUUUGCCGCCAAGGCCACCGUGGAGGUCAAAGUGCUGGAUGCCAACGACAAUAGCCCCGUGUGCGAGAAGUCCCUGUACAGCGAGAGUGUUCCGGAGGACUCCCCCAGUGGAAGGCUCAUCCUGCAAGUCUCAGCCACAGACGCAGACAUCCGCUCCAACGCCCAGAUCUCCUACGAGCUCCACGGGGCCGGCAUGGAGCCCUUCACCAUCGACCCCGAUACAGGCGAGCUGAAGACCCUGCGCACGCUGGACCGCGAGGAGCAGGAGGAGCACAGGUUCAAGGUGCGUGCGCUGGACGGCGGGGGCCGUUACUGCGAGGCCGACGUCACCAUCACCGUGGAGGACGUCAAUGAUAAUGCCCCGCAGUUUGCCUCCGACCCCUACGCCAUCACCGUCUUCGAGAACACAGAGAUCGGCACCUUUGUGGCGAGGCUUCUGGCAACCGAUAUCGACAUAGGUACGAACAGCGACAUCCUCUACUCGUUGGCUGACUCGGCCGCCGGCCACUUCUCCAUCGACGAGCGCAGCGGUGUGGUGACCCUGGAGCGCCCGCUGGACCGGGAGAUGCAGGCGGUGUACGAGCUGCGCGCCCGUGCUACCGACCAGGGCUCGCCCCGGCGCCUCUCCUCGCUCAGCCAGGUCACCGUGUCCGUGCUGGACAUCAACGACAACCCGCCGGUGUUCGAGCGCCGCGAGUACGUGGCCACCGUGGCGGAGGACAUCGCCGUGGGGACGCAGGUGCUGCGGGUUCUGGCGGCCAGCCGGGACAUCGAGGCCAAUGGCGAGAUCGGCUACGCCAUCGUCAGCGGCAACGAGCACGGCAUGUUCAGCGUGGACCCCAAAACGGGUGACGUGUUUGUCAUCGAGCCUCUGGACUACGAGGUGUCCCAUGAGUACUACCUGACGGUGGAGGCCAAGGAUGGAGGCACGCCUCCUCUCAGCGACAUGGCCACCGUCAACAUCAACCUGACGGAUGUCAACGACAACAGCCCCGCUUUCAGCCAGGGGACCUACGCCGCCGUGGUCAGCGAGGACGCAGAGCCCGGCAAGACGGUGGUUGCGGUCAUAGCUGAGGAUGCAGAUGGCCCUUCCUUCAACCAGGUCCGCUACACCAUAGUGGAGGGCAACCAGGGCACUCCCUUCACCAUCGACCCGCUGAGAGGAGAGGUUAAGGUGGCACGCCAGCUGGACAGAGAGAAGACGUCAGGCUACACGCUCACAGUGCAGGCGGCCGACAACGGGUCGCCUCCGCGGACCAGCAGCGCUACGGUCAACAUUGAUGUGUCGGACGUCAACGACAACCCACCCAUCUUCUCCCAGGCCAACUACAGCCUCAUCAUCCAGGAGAACCGCCCUGCAGGGACUAGCGUCCUCCAGCUGACUGUGACGGAUCGCGACGCCACCCACAACGGGCCCCCGUUCACCUUCACCCUGGUGGCUGGCAACGAGGGCGAGGCGUUCGCCCUCAGCCAGCAGGGGGAGCUGCAGGCCGUGGGGGAGAUGAACAGGAGGGCCAGGGAGCACUACAUCCUGGAGGCCCAGGUGUCAGACAGUGGUAAACCCCAGCUUCUGUCCACCACCUUCAUCAGCGUCCGCAUCAUCGAGGAAAGCGUUUACCCUCCGGCCAUCCUGCCCCUCGACAUCUACAUCUCCACGGCCGGCGACGAGUAUCCCGGCGGCGUCCUGGGGAAGAUCCACGCCACCGACCAGGACGUCUACGACACGCUCACCUACAGCCUCGCCCCCUCCUCCGCCGCCGCAGCAGGCACGGACGGCGCCCUGUUCUCCGUCUCCGCCUCCGACGGCAAGGUGAUCGCGCGGCGCCCGCUGGACGUGGGCCACUACCCGCUCAACGUGACCGUGACGGACGGCCGCUUCACCACGGCGGCCGACGUCAACGUGCACGUGCGGCAGGCGACCAGCCAGGCGCUGGACAACUCCAUCGGCGUGCGCUUCGCCGCCAUCGCGCCCGAGGAGUUCAUCGGGGACUCCUGGCGGAACUUCCAGCGCGCGCUGAGGAACAUCGCGGGGGUGCGGAGGAGCGAGGUCCAGCUGGUCAGCCUCCAGCCUGCAGAGCAGUCCUCUGGGGACCUGGACGUGCUGCUGGCCCUAGAGAGGUCCGGGAGCCCCUACCAGCCCCAGGAGGUUGUGUUCCGCAAGCUGAACUCGUCGGCGGCGGUGAUCGAGGAGAUGACGGGCGUGCGCAUCUUGCGCGUGGUCAUGAAGCUGUGCGCCGGGCUGGACUGCCCGCUCCGCUACUGCGACGAGGCCGUGACGCUGGACAAGACGGCUAUGUCCACCUACAGCACGGCUCGCCUCAGCUUCGUCACCCCCCGCCACCUGCGCACCGCCACCUGCCAGUGUGAAGGUGGUAGCUGCCCCUUGUUGAACAAGCUAUGUGAGGCCAGCCCCUGUCCAGAGGGCAUGGAGUGUGUAGCUGACCAGAAGGAGGCCAAGUAUAGCUGCGUGUGCCCAGAUGGCAAGAGGGGCAAGUGCUCCGACGGGCACUCUCUGACAUUCAAUGGCAGCGGCUAUGUCCGGUACCGUCUGAUGGAGAACGAGAACAAGGAGGAAAUGAAGCUGUCCCUGAGGCUCAGGACUUUCUCCAACCACGCCACUGUCAUGUACGCCAAGGGCACCGACUACAGCAUCCUGGAGAUCGUGAACGGCCGCCUGCAGUACAAGUUUGAUUGCGGCAGUGGGCCGGGCAUCGUGUCGGUGCACAGCACCCAGGUCAACGACGGCGAGUGGCACACCGUCUCCCUGGAGGUGGACGGCAACUACGCCAAGCUGGUCCUGGACCGCGUGCACGCCGCCUCGGGCACGGCGCCCGGUACCCUGCGCACCCUCAACCUGGACAACAACCUGUACUUCGGCGGGCACGUACGGCAACACUCCGCCGCCGGGCGCCACGGGCGCAGUCUGCCCGUCACCAACGGACUCCGGGGCUGCAUGGAGGGCAUGGUACUCAACGGGCAGGAGCUGCCGCUCAACACCAAGGCCCUGCGCGCUCACGCCGUGCUGGAGGAGGUGGUGGAGGUGGCGCCCGGCUGCGCGCUCCUCAUGCCUGCCGACGGUUGCUCCAGCAACCCCUGCACCAACGGUGGCUCCUGCUCCUCUCUGCCCAAUGGAGGCUUCUUCUGUAAGUGCCCGGUCUCGUUCAUGGGCACGCACUGCGAGGUGGGCGUCAGUCCCUGCGCUUCCAACCCAUGCCUGUACGGGGGCACCUGCGUGCCACGCUCCGAUGACUUCUACUGCCAGUGCAGAGGGCAGUACUCAGGCCAACGGUGCCAGCUGGGGCCAUACUGCAAAGACAACCCCUGUAAGAACAGCGGCAAGUGUAUCGACAGCCUGGACGGCCCCGUCUGUGAGUGUGAGCCCAGCUUCCAGGGCGACAGGUGCCUCAGUGACGUGGACGAGUGCCUGAAGAACCCCUGCUCCAAUGGAGGACAGUGCCAGAACACCUACGGAUCCUACAGGUGCAACUGCUCCUCUGGCUUCAGUGGCUCUCUGUGCGAGCUGCUCUCGGCUGUCCGCAACGACUUUGUCUCCACCUCCUGGAACAUCGGGCUGGAGGAGGUCAUAGGCAUCGUGGUCUUCGUGUUCAGCAUCUUCCUCCUGGUCCUCGUUUUCGUUCUCGUCCGCAAGCGGGCGUGCCGACGUGGCAGGUCCAAAAACGACGACGACGACAAGCACCUGAGAGGCUCGUCUGGGCCGCACUCCUUCCUGCAGAGGCCGUACUUUGACGCCAAGCUGAGCAAAAACAUCUACUCAGAUGUCCCGCCGCAGGUCCCUGUCAGGCCCAUCUCCUACACUCCCAGCAUCCCCAGCGACUCCCGCAACAACCUGGACCGCAACUCCUUCGAGGGCUCGGCCAUCCCGGAGCACCCGGAAUUCAGCACAUUCAACCCGGACUCUGUGCACGGACACCGGAAGACGGUGGCGGUGUGCAGCGUGGCGCCCAACCUCCCGCCUCCGCCGCCAUCCAACUCAGUCUCGGACAGCGACUCCAUCCAGAAGCCCAGCUGGGACUACGACUACGACGCUAAAGUGGUGGACUUGGACCCAUGCCUCACCAAGAAGCCGGUGGAGGACAGUGCCUGCCACCCCUACAACACUAGAGAGAGCAUGUCUGAGGUCCACUCCCUCAGCUCCUUCCAGUCAGAGUCCUGUGACGACAAUGCCUCCCUAGUGACAGUAAUCCACCUUGUCAACUCUGCUGUUGACUCGGUGGGAGGAGAAGAGUCAUUUUUGGCUCACGAGCUCAAGAAUCCAAGAGGCUAUCACUGGGACACGUCUGAUUGGAUGCCAAGUGUUCAACUUCCUGGAAUCCAGGAGUUUCCUCAGUAUGAGGUUGUGGAGUCCCCGGCCCCCCUGUACAGCGACCCCAGCGCCAUCGACACCGACUACUAUCCCGGUGGCUACGACAUUGAGAGUGAUUUUCCUCCCCCGCCAGAGGAUUUCCCAGCCCACGAGGAUCUGCCCCCACCUCUGCCUGAGUACGGCGAGCCCUACGACACCCUGGCCCCGCCUCCUACCAGUCCCGGGGGCGUGCGGAAGCGGCCGCCCCUACCAAAGCUGUACAGCCUUAACCAGUACCUGCCGCAGCACCACUACCCCGGGCAGCCGGCCGACGCGCCUGGAGCCAGCACUACCGCUACCAUCGCGAGCAGCACCGCUGCCACACCGCCCUCCACCAUGGGCGCCGGGGGCUACCGGGGGGGCUACCCCAUGGGCUACGGACGGGACUACGAGGCCCCAGCCUUGGACAACAUGUCCUUGUCGCUGUACACGUCCACGGCCUCCUGCUCGGACAUGUCAGCGUGCUGCGAGGAGUCGGAGGCCAUGAUGAGCGAUUACGAAAGCGGCGACGAGGGGCACUUUGAGCGGCUGGCCAUCCCUGCUCUGGACUCCCAACAGCACACUGAAGUCUGACACUGGAUCCAAACAAAAGUGCCUGAAACCCCCCCAAACGCCUCUUUCUUUAUGAUUCACUGUUCAUAUGAUCAACACUUACUGACAUACAAUACAGAUAUACUGACACACAUACAUACACAAACAUCCCACACACACAAAUCUGUUUUGUCACUCAACAGGGGGGUGUUGGGGCUGGUUUUUGUCUGUGAAGGCCGCUUGGCUAAGGCUUUGUCCUCAGUUCUCAGUGUAACUCCCGCAGCACUGGAAACCCCACAUUUUGAGUAGACUGUGUCAUUGCUUUAAGUGACUGUCAUCAUGCACAAAAAUUACAUGUCUUACAGAUCCAUGUUGAGAUGUAUGUUCGAAUAACAGAGAGAAACACAUGAUAAUGAUCUUCGGAGAAAAAAAAAGAAGAAAUAUUUCAAGAUCUGUAUUUGUAUAGAUAAAAUCAUGCAAACUGAUUUUUUUUAUAUCAAUCCUCAUUCAUUUCCAAUGUAAAUUUAAAUGUACAGUUUUGAUUUGGAGGUUUGCUAGGUUUUGUAGAUAUUUGAUGCUUUCUUUUCCCCAAAAAAAUAGACACAAGUUAAAUGGUGUGACUUUAUCAGCCUUACUGUAUGAUCAUUCACUACAAAAAAGUUUAAUUAACAAAAAGAGGAGAAGAGUACUUUUCCCACACACAUGAUGUAUCUGUUAAGUGAAACGUCUCCUACUCAUUUCAAAAAGGGUCUUUGAUGAGCGACUGCAUAUUAUUGUGUUGUUCCUUAAUUUUUAUUUGUUUUGUUUGUAAAUUGCGACUUUGGAACCUCUUUAUUUUUCCACCACGAAAAUGGGACCCAAUAUAUUUAUAGUGCAAAGUUAUCCAUGGACACAUGACUUUUUCAGGUGUGUGUGUGUGAGCAGUGCUAUGGUCUUGUUAAGGUUUUUAUUGAAAUACUGCCACUAGCUCACGCUUUCCUACUGGCAAUAAAUUAUUCCUAAAAAAAAUACUUCCAUUGUAGUUUUUUUUAUUUAAAUAUAAAUGUUACUAUUAUACUGUCUCCGAGUGUCUUUAAAAAUGUUGCUUACCAAUGCUGGUUGAAAGUAAGUCUGGUCGAGGUGCAGAAUUAAAUUAAUCAAAAUUCCAUUACAAAAUGACAGGACUAAAAAAACAUACACUGAUGCUGUUAAUGUUUUAGUAGCAUUCAUAUGUAGAAAAAUAUUUAAUAAAUUAUUUUUGUUUUUUAUUAUAACUGCCCUU